GAUUCGAUCCACGUGGUUUUGGAGUGAUUAUGCUGCAGAGAGGUGCCAUACAGAUGUAAGUAGGUGUGUUUUUUCUCUGUCGAUUCUUUGGUGUGAUUUUUGCCCUGUUUCGCUGCGCCAGGUUUUUGUAUGCGCAGGAAAAAAAUAGGCAUAUUAGGCCCUCCUAGAUGAAAUGAAAUGGUAUUACAUGACGUGUGGCGUUACAUGCGCCUCGGCCGCUACAUGUGCGAUUCAAGUUUCUCUACGAGUCAUCCCAGGCAAACUAGACAUUUUGUGCAAGCAUCAUCAUGAAUUGCUGUUGGGGUCACAUUGUCUGACCGACACGCCACCUCCUGGUUUCAAUUUCAGCACGGUUCUCAUCACAGGACGACCAAUAAUAUCCUGAAAUCCUCCCGAGUGCCAUGGCUUUCCAACCUGGCAUUCUUGAGCCGGAAGCACGCCACCAAUCUGGCGCUGCGUGUCCAAAAGAAAAAUCCGGCGCUGUGCCGAAGAGGCAGCACGGCAACAUGUCUUUUUUAUGGUUCGCUCGGUCGAGAAAGCCGGGGUCUUUUUGAUGUGCAUGUGCCUUCCUAAAGCCGGCGCACCAGCACCUGAUCUGAGCUGUGGCCAUCACCGGCGCCACACGCCUGGUCGGUGAGCCUGCCCGGUGGCGAAAGAGGAGAGCCCCCCGGAACGAGGCUUUUUGGCACCGUCCAGGACCAGGAGCCGCAUCCCAUCCAUCCUGACCUGAAUCCCUGACGAAAAAGCCGCAACGAAGCAGCGGCACAUCAGAUCAGAUGAUCAGGUGCAGGUCGGCGGAUCCUCCAACCCCAGCAUGGCCACCAGUCCACCACCCACCCACCGCCACACGCUUCCCUCCGAGACCAGAACCAGACCAGACGCGGGAAAAUACCCCACCCACCCCUCCCCUCCCGUGGACGCACGUGCCACCGCCACCCCCCCGGGGGGUGGGGUGGGGUGGGGGGCGCUCCGCUGGCGCGCGGGGCCGGCUGCUGCUGCCAGUCUGCCAAUGCCAUCCGCCUUGCCGGGGGUGCGGUGCGCCCGCUCACUCCAUCUCGAGCCGGUCUGUCUGGUUGCCUUCCCACGCCGUGUUCCUGCCUUGCUGUUGCCUUCUUUUAGUUCCUUUCACCUCGACCACCCGCCCCGCCACCGCCAUUGCCGCCCCGCCGCACUGGAGGCGCGCACCAGCGGUGCGCGGCGCCCUAAGCCUUCCCCCUCCUGCUGCGGUGGCUGCCCCUGGCUGGCACCGCCGACGGCGAUUCGACAGGGCGAGGCGAUCCCUUGGUGUUAUUUACCGCCUUCUUCCGGGCCUGCCUCUGGUUUCCGCCGCUGCCCGCCGGUGACGCCUCCCCUUACUGCGUUCCGCGGGGGGCGCUGCACGCUUCGGCUUCUCAGAUCCCGAGCGUGGAUCCGAUCGCCGGCUGCCUAAAGAUUUGUGUGGACAUCCGGGAGAGGGCAGGCCAUGGGCGUCGAGGCUAAGCAGGAUGCUCUGUGCAGUAUCAAGAAAACUCUAAGGUGUGCUGUCAGAACGACCUGGAGAUGCGCCUCUGAAAAUUGGGCUCUGUUCAGUCUAUUGCUACUGCCCUACCUGCUGUACAAGUACUCACCGGGUUUCUUCGCUUUCCUUCUCUCCAAUUCUCCUGUCAUUAUAUGCACGGCCCUUCUCCUUGGUGUACUGCUAAACUAUGGGGGUGCACAUCUUCCGGAGAUCCGUGAAGAUGUAAAUAUUAAAGCAGACCAAAGAUUUUCAGUGCCUGCAGUGAAGGAGGACAUAAUCAGGGAGGCAAGUGUUGGCAGAAGAGACGGUAACAAGUGUAUUGAUCUGGAUGAAAAUGUUCCUCUUCUGAAGGGACAUGAUCAACGAGAUGAGAGAGUUGAAGCUGCAGGUGGUAGACCCGUGAAAGUUCUCACUUAUGCAGACAAAGAGUCCAAAGAUGCAUGUUUGAGCAAGGAUAAGGGCAAUGAGUAUGCCAACUUGUUCGAGGAUGUACAGCGGAGUAGAGUUGAUGGGAAAGAAGCGACCUUAGGUGUAUAUUCUUCAAUUGAGAAUGUUAGGGAAGAUGCUGAAAUGGUGGCAAGUCCAAAUUAUGAAGGGAGAGUAUGUACAGAUUCACAAAGUGGUGAGGUGGUCGAUGUUUCAGAACACAAGACUGUUGAUGGAGCAACAGGUAAAUGCAGAUGGAGUCGUGCUUUUUCUGUGCGUCGGAGGAAGAAGCUUGCUGAUAUAAAGAUAGAGGCUAUUAAUUCUGUUGCGGACAAUCAAUUAGAUCAUUCUCUAUGCUCACCACUCACGGGAGUUGGCAGCCAUGAUAGUUCAUCAGGUUUUGACCCUGAUAAUGCUGAGAGGCACUCUCCUGGUGUUUCUAUGAUCGACAUUGGUGCCGUGCUCGAUGAGACCGAACCUCUUUUGGGUGCUGAUUGCUCUCAUUCUCAUCGCAUCACUAACGAUGAGUCGGAUAAUCAUUCCAUCGUCACCCCUCAUGAUUCUCAAGUUGAAAGUGAUAGCAAUGAUGUGACUGACAAUAACAAGGCCAAAGAUGAUGGUGAAGAGAAGGAUGCUCGACUUGAGUCUGCACUUCUGUGGACAGCUGACGACGAGAAGAAUGUCAUGGAUCUUGGGUACUCCGAGAAGGAGCGCUUCCGUAGGUUGGAAAGUAUGAUGGUGAGGAGAAAAUCAAGGAAAAGCAUAACAUUUGAUCUUGACAGCAUGGAUGUUACCGGAAAUGAUUUUUCGCGUUUCCGUCCACAACUUCAGCCUAUUUCAAUUUCAGAACGACAGAUGAACCCAUUUUCUGAUGAUGCGGAAAUCCCUGGAUCGGCUCCUCCUAUUCUGCAUCCACAAAAGAGCCCCUUCGAUUUCCUUACUGAACAAUCAAUUGAAACUGGUGUCCCUGCACGUCACAAUCUGGAACCCCAGGAAUCCAUGGCGGUUUCGCAUCAAGACGCCCUCUUCACAAGGCACGAAAGCUUCAACUGUGCCAGACCGCCUUUGAGACAUGGCUCCAGAUUCAAGCCAUGUUUUGGUCUGGAGGAGUUCAACUCUGAGGAAGCAGGCGCAAGCACUUUCCAGAGGCAGUUCAGUGACAGGAGCGUGUCGAGAUUGAGCGUCGUCUCCGAAUGCGACACGGUCUCUUCGAUCGGCGAUCCGGAGCACAACGACCUCAUAAGGAACUACAUCCGCGGCGUGCGCGAAUCUCCUAGCCUGCCAGGCCAGGAUAGCGAUCUUGUGCAUGCUGGAAACGAGUGCUUGGAUGGGAUCAGCUUUGUGGACAACGAAACUGUGAACGCUGUCAUCUGCUGAAUGGAUACGAGGCACUGGGAGUCUUGGAGAACGUUACACUGGAACAGAACCAUAGUGUGACUGAGGAGCGGAGGAGCUUUGCUGUAGCCCUUGCUCACGACGCAUACUUAUUUCGUGCGUGUCUUCGCUCGUCUGACAGGGUUUGCAUUCUUCCUGUACAUUUGCACAGUUGAGAACACACCCUCUUGUGUGUAAUAGCGUGUAAAGAUGAGGUGCUAGAGUGCUGCAUACUUGCACCCAGUACUACUUGAUUGUGUUUACUUGUACUUUCCUUUUCACUUUUCAGUUCUGAAUUACCUGGGCCUGCACUGCCGGCAGUUUUCCAGUGACCAGUUUCAGCUCUGCA